UCCGCCGAAAAAUUCUUAUGUCUCCAGAAAAUGCUAUGUUCUAGCUAUUUUCAAAUAGAACCGAAUCGGCGGAUGGCUGAACUGUAACGUUGGUCUAUCUAUAUGUAUGUGGCUAUCUUUAGUGAGAUAAUACGAAGGGUAUGUUAUUAGUUUAGAUCUAACCAAUUUAAUGAAUUACUCCUAAAGGUUCACAUCAAACUAGUGCUAGUUGAUGCGAGUUACUUCGGAAACAAACGGACUAAAGUCAAAUUCAUUUGGGGUAUUCUCUCAAUUCCAAAAAAGCAACGGGAUCAAGUAUGAGUUGUCGAUCAGAACAUAUAUGGAUAGAACCUAUAAAGGGGGCUCGAAAAACAAGUAAUUUCUGCUGGGCUAUUAUCCUUUUUUUAGGUUCAUUAGGAUUCUUGUUGGUUGGAACCUCGAGUUAUCUUGGUAGAAAUUUGAUAUCUUUAUUUCCGUCUCAGGAAAUCGUUUUUUUUCCACAAGGAAUUGUGAUGUCUUUCUAUGGGAUCGCGGGUCUUUUUAUUAGCUCCUAUUUGUGGUGCACAAUUUCGUGGAAUGUAGGUAGUGGUUAUGAUCGAUUUGAUAUAAAAGACGGAAUAGUGUGUAUCUUUCGUUGGGGAUUUCCUGGAAAAAAUCGUCGGGUCUUUCUCCGAUUUCUUAUAAAAGAUAUUCAAUCCGUCAGAAUAGAAGUUAAAGAGGGUAUUUAUGCUCGGCGUGUCCUUUAUAUGGAUAUCAGAGGCCAGGGAGCCAUUCCAUUGACUCGUACUGAUGAGAAUUUUACUCCGCGGGAAAUGGAACAAAAAGCUGCUGAAUUGGCCUAUUUCUUGCGUGUACCAAUUGAAGUAUUUUAAGAAAUGAGCCGAUAAAUGAAUGCUUUCAGCAGGAGGGCAAAAACGCAAGAAUCCUCUUUUUCUAGAACAUAACUUAAUUGAGGUUUCUUCAGAACAUUCAUUCGAGUCAAAGCAGACAUAUAUGGAACAAGUAUAAAAAAACUCUUUUGGGGAUCUUUUAUAUGUAUCGAAAUAUCCACAACUCAAUAAAAAAAUAAUAAUAAACAAAUCGAAAUAUCUCAUAAUCAACCAUUUCGAAAUAAGGAAUCCCCCCUUUUUCAUUGUUGGAAUUGAGACUUUAGAUUCAGAUAGAGUAUAUCUUGUCAUUUUUUCGACGCUUCUUUUUGUGCUCCUUAAUGACCAAAAAAUUGGAUCUCUUAUAAUGAUAACUAGCCAAUUUCUGUCGUUUUUUGCCACUCAUUUUUCACAAUAUUUUUCAGAAAAUUCCCUCAAUUAUUCUAUCCCUGACUAUUCAUAGUAAGUUAAAAUUUUUCGAAAUAUUAGAGAGUUUUAUAUAAUGAUAGAAAAGGAGUUCUUUCGUAUCAAAACUGAAUAAUAUUCAUAUUCAUUAUUUAAAGUGGUUUUCGGGGCAUUCAUCGAAAGGAGAUAUGUGCUUCAAAUUUGACUAUAGGGAAACAAUAUUUUUUGAUUAUUUAUUCAUUCGAAUUUUUCGUCUAUUUUUGUAUUUUUUCUAGAUUCAAGGCCUAAUUCAAGGCCUAACUACGAAAUCACAAAUAAAAAAUAGUGAAUAGAUUCAUAGGUUCGAUAACUUGUAAUAGAAUUGAUGCGUGAGAGAAAUAAGAAAUAUUAGAUUACAUAGAGUUGACGAAUGAGAUGGGUUCAUUAACAAUUCACAGAUGAAAAAAUGGCAAAAAAGAAAGCAUUCACUCCUCUUUUAUAUCUUGUAUCUAUCGUAUUUUUGCCCUGGUGGAUUUCUCUCUUAUUUCAAAAAAGUCUGGAAUCGUGGGUUACUAAUUGGUGGAAUACUAGGCAAUCCGAAACUUUUUUGAAUGAUAUUGAAGAAAAGAGUAUUCUAGAAAAAUUCAUAGAAUUAGAGGAACUCCUCUUCUUAGAGGAAAUGAUCAAGGAAUACUCGGAGACACAUCUACAAAACCUUCGUAUAGGAAUUCACAAAGAAACAAUCCAAUUAAUCAAGAUACAAAACGAGGGUCGUAUUCAUACGAUUUUGCACUUCUCGACAAAUAUAAUCUGUUUCAUUAUUCUAAGUGGUUAUUCUAUUUUGGGUAAUAAAGAACUUGUUAUUCUUAACUCUUGGGCCCAGGAAUUCCUAUAUAACUUAAGUGACACAAUAAAAGCUUUUUCUCUUCUUUUAUUAACUGAUUUAUGUAUCGGAUUUCAUUCGCCCCAUGGUUGGGAAUUGAUGAUUGGCUUUGUCUACAAGGAUUUUGGAUUUGUUCAUAAUGAUCAAAUUAUAUCUGGCCUUGUUUCCACUUUUCCAGUCAUUCUAGAUACAAUUUUAAAAUAUUGGAUUUUCCGUUAUUUAAAUCGUGUAUCUCCGUCACUUGUAGUGAUUUAUCAUUCAAUGAAUGACUGAAAAAUGUCUACCUAAUCCAAUUAUAAUGUUUCUUACUUUGCAGUUGUACCAUUGAAAAUCCCUUUCUAUUUCUACCCAUCCCGGAGAUUCAUCCUAUAUUCCUAUAGAUUAAUCGAGUCAAAUUAUUCCAGUAAAUAACAGAAUCGUGGAUAGGAAACUCCAUUAGUGACCUACCCCAAUUUAUUGUAGAAAUUUUCGGGAUCAAUGAUUGGACCAUGCAAACUAGAAAUACUUUUUCUUGGAUAAAGGAACAGAUUACUCGAUCUAUUUCCGCAUCGCUCAUGAUAUAUAUAAUAACUCGUACAUCCAUUUCAAAUGCAUAUCCCAUUUUUGCACAGCAGGGUUAUGAAAAUCCACGAGAAGCGACUGGGCGUAUUGUAUGCGCCAAUUGCCAUUUAGCUAAUAAACCAGUGGAUAUUGAGGUUCCGCAAGCGGUACUUCCCGAUACUGUAUUUGAAGCAGUUGUUCGAAUUCCUUAUGAUACGCAACUGAAACAAGUUCUUGCUAAUGGUAAAAAGGGAGGUUUGAAUGUGGGGGCUGUUCUUAUUUUACCAGAGGGUUUUGAAUUAGCCCCUCCCGAUCGUAUUUCCCCCGAGAUAAAAGAAAAGAUGGGUAAUUUGUCUUUUCAGAGCUAUCGCCCCAAUCAAAAAAAUAUUCUUGUCAUAGGCCCUGUUCCUGGUCAGAAAUAUAGUGAAAUCACCUUUCCUAUUCUUUCCCCGGACCCCGCUACUAAGAAAGACAUUCACUUCUUAAAAUAUCCUAUAUACGUAGGUGGAAACAGGGGAAGGGGCCAGAUUUAUCCUGACGGGAGCAAAAGUAACAAUACAGUUUAUAAUGCUACAGCAUCAGGUAUAGUAAGCAAAAUCCUACGAAAAGAAAAGGGGGGAUACGAAAUAACCAUAGCGGAUGCGUCGGAUGGACGUCAAGUGGUUGAUAUUAUCCCUCCGGGGCCAGAACUUCUUGUUUCAGAAGGCGAAUCUAUCAAAUUGGAUCAACCGUUGACAAGUAAUCCUAAUGUAGGCGGAUUUGGUCAGGGAGAUGCAGAAAUAGUACUUCAAGAUCCAUUACGUGUACAAGGCCUUUUGUUCUUCUUCGCAGCUGUUAUUUUGGCACAAAUAUUUUUGGUUCUUAAAAAGAAACAGUUCGAGAAAGUUCAAUUGUCCGAAAUGAAUUUCUAAACUCGCGAAUUUAUCGACAUCAAGUUUGUAAAAAGAACCAAAUUCUUUUUAGUAAUUAUGAUAUAAAAAAUGAAAUUAUAAAAGCCUUUUUUGUUUAUACUCGUUUUCUACGAGAUGCCGGUGAUUUCUUGUACCAUAUUUCUAGCCAUAGUAUGUAGAUUGUGAAGAAGACUAUUUGACUUGACCCCUUCUUUCUUUGUCUUUUUUUUUUUUUUUUUUUUUAUCAAAAUUGGGGUGAUGUUAUUAUAUUACUAUUGUGAGAUUGAAAUGUCAUAAAAUGCAUUUGAUUCUAAUACAAUUCACUUUGGCUAGAUCCUAUCCAAAAGUAAAUGCGAAAUAGAACGGAUCAAUAUAAAUGAAGGGAGCACGUAUUUCUGGGAGGGGUUAUUUGUCUUCCUAGUCUUCGACACAAGAAAAGGAUUUUUCACACCCUUUUCUUGUGUCGAAAUAAUUAUGAUUCUUUAUACUGUUCGUCAAACAUUCCUAGUGUUAGUUUUGAUUUUUUACAGACGUAUCAGAACGUUUUUUAGAGUUAUUACAUAUUUUAUUUCUUAUUUUAUUAUCUUAUAAGAAUUAAUAAUUACGUAUACUAUAAAUAGAAAAAAUAUAAAAAUGGUGGACAAACAAAAGAGGAGGGGAAUAUUUGUUGAGUAAAUAGAUUCAAUGAACUUAUAAAAAAAUAUUCUAGUUAUUAAGAACUCAACGGGACCUUCUCCCUCAAAUCAGACAAACAAAGAAGGGAAUCCGUUGAGUUCUUACGCUUUCAUGUAUACAACUCAAUUCAUCCGAUUACUACAGGGAUGAACCCAAUCCGGAAUAUGAACCAUAAAAGAAAACGCCUACUAAACCGAUCACAAGAAUACCAGCUACAGUACCUAUUAUCCAAAGAGGAAUUCUUCCAGUAGUAUCGGCCAUUUACGCCACUUCCCUCCACAUUUCAUCAAGUGGUCAUGCUAGAGACAUAAACAGUCAUGGAUAAUUAUGAGAUGAGAUCCUUCCGAAUGGGCUAAGAGAGAUAAUACCUAGAAUGAUUAGUCUAUUAUUUUAGUUCUCUCUCGUUUUCUUAAUUGAAGAAAUAAUUGGAAAAUAAAACGGCAAGUACAAAAAUGAGUAAUAACCCCCAGUAGAGGCUGGUACGAUUCAAUUCAACAUUUUGUUCGUUUGGGUUUGAUUGUGUCGUAGCUCUAUAAUUCGGAUUUGGUUUAUCGUUGUAUGAACUGCAUUGCUGAUAUUGACCCCAAAAAAGAAACGGUAGGUACAGCUAGGCCGUGAACAGCCAACCAUCGCACUGUAAAAAUUGGAUAGGUUCGAUCUAUGGUCAUUGAGGCCUCCUAAAAAGAUCUACUAAAUUCAUCGAGUUGUUCCAAAGAAUCAAAACGGCCGGUGAUUAAUGGAAUUCCUUGUCGGUUCUCUGUGAAAUACUCGUUUGGCCGAGGGCUUCCAAACACAUCGUAAGCUAAACCAGUGCUGACGAAUAACCAACCCGCAAUGAAUAGGGAAGGUAUAGUAAUGCUAUGAAUGACCCAGUAGCGAAUACUGGUAAUAAUAUCAGCAAAAGAACGUUCUCCUGUGCUUCCAGACAUGCUGAGCUCCACAUAUUCUUGUACAGUCAAAAGGGGAUCGAUUCCGUAAAAGAUUGGAUCAGUAAAUGUAAAUUCACUGAAAAAAAAAUCUUUGUGAGAUCGUCAAUAUUGUACCGAGGGCGUCUUUAGAGUAUACCGAAUCAGUAUAGCUAUCCUUCUUCUGACACAGCAAUGCACUUUCGAUCAGUAUUGGAAAGAGGCGCUAAAUCAUUUCUUUCUUCCUUUACUUGUUGUUUGUCGAUGUAAAAUAAUGUCCCAUUCAAUAGAAAAUUAUUGAAGUGAAAAUAAUCAAUUUCUCGCCAUUAUGCGUUUAGGGCGAUAAACUAAGGAUCAGGUAAAAUGUGAAUCUGAUAAGUUAGUUUCUAAUAAUUCAUGAAAUUGAUUAGAAUAUCGCCGCAAUUGUAAGUAGAUUUUAGAUCUAUCAAUCUUUGUUAUUCAUAGUUGUAUAAGCGCUUUUUAUUGGAAUCUUUUUUUAUCUUUUAAGGAAUUGGUUAGUCGUCCAGUAACAAGUAAGAAUAGGAAAUUUUAUUCGAUAAAUGAAAAAGAACAACGAAUGAAAUAAUUGGAAUCACUAAUGCAUGCAUUGUUGUAUUAGAUCGAAACAUGAAGGUUCUUUCUUGACCUAACUAUAAAGAGACGGAUUUCAAAUAUGGAAAGAUACAAAAUAGAACUUCUAAAGCAAAAGAUAAUAGAAAUGACUAGUCUUAGAAUAUAGUUGAACCAAAACACCUAUUUUUCUUUCGAGUGAUCGUGUGAUAACUUUUUGUUCUCAUUCAUUCAAGAUAUUAUAUGAGUGAACCUAUUACGGAAUCUAAUUAGUUAAAAUGAAAGUAAAAGUUUUAUAAGAUUACCGUUCGCUCUAAAAUAGAUUCGAAAAAAAAAAAAAAAAAAAAAA